AUGGAAAGAGAAAACCAAACAGGAGACAGAAAGUUUCUCCUCCUGGGAUUCACAGAAGACUCUGACCUACAGUCAUUCUUCUUUGGGUUGCUUCUCUCCAUGUACCUGGUCAGCAUCACAGGCAACUUACUCAUCGUCUUGGCCAUCGUAUCAGACCACCACCUACACACGCCUAUGUACUUCUUCCUCUCCAACCUGUCCAUAGCUGACAUUGGCUUCACCUCCACCACCAUCCCAAAGGCUUUGCAGAAUAUCCACACACAAAGCAAACUCAUCUCUUUCACAGGCUGUAUCACACAGAUUUUUUUUUUCAUUGUGUUUGGAUGCCUGGACAAUUUACUCCUAACAGUGAUGGCGUAUGACCGCUUUAUGGCCAUCUGCCAUCCCCUGCACUAUGUGGUCAUCAUGAAUUCUUGUUUCUGUGUGAUGCUGGCCCUUGGAUCAUGGAUAGUUAGUGUCAUGAGUUCCCUGCCCGAGACCUUGACUGUGUUAAGGCUAUCCUUCUGUACAAAUAUGGAAAUUCCACACUUUUUCUGUGAUCUUCCUGAAGUCCUGAAGCUUGCCUGUUCUGAUACCCUUGUCAAUAACAUUGUGAUAUAUUCUAUAACUAUAGUCAUAGCUGGUUUCCCAUUCUCUGGGAUUCUAUUGUCAUAUUCUCGGAUUUUCUCCUCCAUCUUAAGAAUUCCUUCAGCUGGGGGCAAGUACAAAGCCGUUUCAACCUGUGGGUCUCACCUCUUGGUAGUCUUCUUGUUCUACAGCAAUGGUCUUGGGGUCUACCUUAGCUCCGCAGCCACAUCAUCUUCUAGAAUGAGUCUAGUUGCCUCAUUGAUGUACACCAUGGUCACUCCCAUGCUGAACCCCUUCAUCUACAGCCUAAGGAACAAGGACAUGCAGAAGGCUUUAAAAAUGGGGUUCAGAGCUAAACAAAGAAUUCACAGCUGAGGAAUGCCGAAUGGCUGAGAAACACCUAAAGAAAUGUUUAACAUCUUUAGUCAUAAGGGAAAUGCAAAUCAAAACAACCCUGAGAUUUCACCUCACACCAGUGAGAAUGGCUAAGAUCAAAAACUCAGGUGACAACAAAUGCUGGCGAGGAUGUGGAGAAAGAGGAACACUCCUCCAUUGUUGGUGGGAUUGCAGACUGGUACAACCAUUCUGGAAAUCAGUCUGGAGGUUCCUCAGAAAAUUGAACAUUGAACUACCUGAGGACCCAGCUAUACCUCUCUUGGGCAUAUACCCAAAAGAUACCCCAACAUAUAACAAAGACACGUGCUCCACUAU